GAUCAAAGGCCCUUUGCUGGGGGAAGCGGAGGGCUUUAGGGAUCAAAGGAAGAGGGGAGCAGAUUGACUACCCGCGAGGUGGCACCACGAUAACACAGUUACGCUAACAAGGGAAUCAAGAGAAUUUUUAAGUCACCUUUUUUUUUUUCAGUUCCUCUUGUCACAACAAUCUGAAACACAGCUUGAGCACAGGAAAAAGCUCACGGGACCAUCGGCAAUAUUUUUACUAUUAUUGUGCUCAAAGCCCUACGACAAGCAAGGAUUCUGCCCCGAAGUGACAGAACUGCUCUUUUAUAUCCAUUUCCUGCCAUAAACAAGCCCAGGAGAAGCCCAUAGAAACACAUUUUCUUGUGCAAACAUACUGAAAGUAGGAAAACAGGAUGAGUAUAUAAACUGACUGCAAAUGAUUAAUGAAGCAGUAAUUAGCCUAAGCGGCAUUAAAGGGCUAUGUGAGCCAGUGAUCAAUGGUUGCAACAUGAAGGACAAAUCUACGGCAAAAUCAGGGCAGGUCCUGUGACACUUGGAGGAAAAUUUAAUCAAUGGAGGACAACAACAAACAGACGUUUUUAACUCAAUACAAGCAAUAAAAACAGAGCAAAGAAACCACAUGCUGCUGUAGCAAAACCAACCACACCCCAACCAGCUCCGAAUUUCCAUCACGUACCGUCAGAAGGCACCCAACAGUCACCUGCUGCGAGAAGAGCGAACAAACACACAUGGAGGCACGUUGUAAAGUUUUUAAGACAGGGGUGUAGCUGACCCUCUCGGGUGUCUGUUCCAGCUUCCCAACAUCUGCCAGACAGUUUCACCCUAUUCUAAUAAUUAAGAAUCCAUAAAUUUUAAGACAGUUCCAUUUUGGAAACGGGAACUGAAAGACUAAAUUUGAAAUUUCUGAAGUGUUGUAAAAAUGGCAGAUGUGUCUUCUACUUUCCCAGAUGUUUUCUUUUUAUGUUAAGCUACUAAUAAAGAGGUGUGUGCAAUGCAAUACAAAAUUCUCAUGUUUUUAAACACAAAUGAGCCUUGCAGUGCACCAGCUCAUUUCCAGACAUUCUUGCACUUCGAGUCCUACUUUUGCAACCGAAAGAUCUUUGGGCUCCUAAAAUGUGGGGUCACCCAAAACUCCACCAAAAGCUGCCACAUGCCACGUCAGCAGAAAUACAGCAGGAACGCCCAGACACUUUUCCGAAGUUUGCUUACAACAAACCUCCUGUUUCUCAGCAAAGAAGAACAAGCUCUUCUCACCUCAUCCUCCCCACCAGCGAGUUCAUGAGAUUAGACUCUUCCUGAACUCUGUGUCCUCCUCAAUUGCGGUUGUUUCAUUUUUUUUCCUGCUGCUCCUCUGCUGGAGGGAGGCACUGGUACAUGGUAGCACAGACAGCGUAAGUGUUCAGGUGCACUUGAGGCUACAGACUGUGCGUCUUCUACCGGUAAUGCUGACCUGAGCUUUUUGGGAUUAGCAACCUUUCCUUCCUUCCACAGGAUUCUUACUGAGAAACCAUCUGAAUUUUAUGCCUCAAAUAAAAAGGCAGAGAGAAGUUAAGAGUGGGGGAUUUUGUUCAGGCUUUUUUUUUUUUCCUUUUUCAGCUGAAUAUUCACCAAACUACGUAACAAAAGGGCAUUCCUGAAUGCCCAGGUUGUCCUGGGAAUGCAAAAAAAAACCCCAAUAAGAUGGUCCUACCAAGGCACUAACCUUGCUUUUAACUUUCAGAUCUCCCCCAUGAGCUCUGUGAGACCCUAAGUCAUGCUUCAGUCUGCACCUGAAGCCCUUUGGUGACUGAAACCAAAAGGGAUGCUCCUACAAUAAAAGAGCUGAUAAUAAUUGGACAUUCAACACUUAAUAUAAAUAAUCUCCACCUCAUUCUAUACUUUGUGCUGUAGGAUAACAGCUCUAGGAUAGUAUUACUAAAGCAAGAGCAGACUCCCUACCCAGAGCAUGCAAAAUCCGUGGUUCUCACACUCUCUCUAAUCAAAGUACUGCAUUCAGCACACCGAUGUAAUUAUUAGAUAAUUCCCCUGAAUCUGCCACUGUCCAGCAAAGCAGUGGUUAGAGACCGAUGAAACUGCUUUUAACAAAUAAAGUACUAAUUUAGUAGUAACGGUAGUGUCUGGCUAGCACAGUGGCCAAAGCUGCAGUCUGUUAACGCCAUGAGAUCUGCUUCUGGACAGGAAUUGCUUGGGGAUAUUAUCAGCUGUUGUAAAAUGUCCUGGCCAUGAAGUUAAUCAUUAACUCAGGUCCCUAUCUCAUAAAAACAUCGUAUUGUAAGAGCUCAACAUGCUUAAAGCUGUCACUAAUCAAUCAUGCAUACAAGAGGAAUAAAGCAACUUAUAAAAGGAGCCAGAAACUCAGGAAAUCCUUCAGCUAAGGGAAGACAAACUGCACUGAGGUUUAUCUCCAUGGAGAAAUCCACUGACAAGCUGGAUGAAAAUGGAUCAACGGCUCUGGGAGCAGCGCAGGCACCCGCUGCAGAACAUGCUGCAGAAAUGAGCAGAGCAGAAGCCCCAGCAGAAAACGCUACAGACGUGAAGACGCUGGAACUCACUGCGGAACAUAGUAAAGAAAUGGAGAGACCAUCAGGCACAGAGCAAGACAGUCCUGAUUCCAUUAAGACAGCAAUUUUGGAAGGAGACUGUGCAAACCCCAAGCCUCUCGUUAUGCUAACAAACUCAAACUCUCCCGAAGAGUGCAGUGUGGACAUGAAUCAGCAGUGUCCAACCACUACGUCUAUCGAUACGGACUGCCUGAUCUGCUUCAACAAGUACAACAUCUACAGAGUCCCAAAGCUCCUGGACUGCCAGCACGCCUUCUGCGCCGUCUGCCUCAAGCUGAUCCUCAGGAAAGAAGAAAACACCUGGAUCAUCACCUGCCCCCUAUGCCGAAAAGCCACGUCUGUGUCAGGAGGGCUCAUCCGUACACUUCAAAAUAAAGAAGAUAUCAUGGAGCACUUGGAAAACCCCGAUUCAAAUGCAGAGGUGCAUGUCUCUGCCAUAGGGCUGGACAGCAACAGCUGGACUCACAGCAGCCAAGACACUUUAUACAGAGCUGAAAACAUUCCAGCAGACAACAGACUGGCUAUCCAGAGACUUGUGCUGCUCCUGCUGCUCGUGGUGAUCCUCACCAUCCUCAUCCUCCCGUUUAUAUACUCGGGGCUGAUAAAAUGGGUAAUUUGUCUCAUGCUCACUUUGGGGUUGGUCCUGUCUAUGGUGCUUUGCUGCACUCCAAAAUUCUACUGGUGGUGUAAGAGGGACUUGCUCGCCUCCAGCCAGAAGGAGACCCACAUCGCUGCUAUUGCCUGAAAACGGUUUAACGUGCGUGAUAAUGGACCGGUCCUGCCUGCAAAGCUGCAUGUCAGGCACAUGGCUAGUCAGUUACUGGACUUUGAAAGCAAUCGUUCCUGUAAUAAAUCCAACAGGGGGCUAAGCUGGCGCAAUGGCAAUGCACAGUGGUGUUAAAUUUCAUCCGUAAAAUAUUUAUGUGUUGAUAUUGACAAGAUAUAAAUUGUAGCUUUUCCACACAAUUUUUUAUCCCAGACUAAUAAUUUCGUUGUUUUGCUUUCAUCACGUUGUUCUUGUUUGUGUCAUCCCCUGAUUAGUACUGCAGAACGUUAUCUCAAACAACUGACAGAUGUUGUCCUGUGAAAAUCCCUACCUGAGGUUGUGUUUUCCAACUUGCUUAACACACAUACACUUUUUUUGGUGACAAUGUGUGGAAACAACUGCUAAACCAGUGACUGGGUGCCUAGUCUCAGUGAAAAAGAGGAGCUGUAACCCAGAUUAUCAAUUUAAUCUCUAUCACUGCCCAAAUGGUUGUUGGGAGAGACAGGAAGGUGGGGCUGGGACAAGGAGACGUCAGUUUGUGCCACCUGGUGCCCACAAAACUAGAGAGGGAGAGGCAACAUCACUCCUAAUCUCAAGCCUGUGGUUUGCAAAUGGCAAGGCUCUCAAAAACUCAUGACACUCCCAAAUUCCCUGUGUUAUUUAGUACAGAGAUAGUUCCUCACACCUAAAUGCCCUUUUCUGGCUACCCACAUCACCUGCCUUCUUGCCCUCUCUAUGUUAAGUAUGAUAUUGCCUUUGGAGAUGCCCCAUAAUUCUCCUAAACUGAAAUGUGUACAUCACUAUGCCACACUACAUGUGAUAUUUUUAUAUGGAAUAUGUCCAUUAAAGUUGAAUAA